GCUUACCAUAUUUUUACCAUGUCUCCAUACAUAUAGCUGUCUAGUGAAAAUGGACCCUAGUAUUAAAAAGUAUGCUGUUCUUCCAAAAAGUUGCAUUGAUUUGUGGGUAGAUUCAGUUGGCAUCUCAAAAUUACCUGAUGAUGUAUGUGGUGUGUUGGCAGAAGAUGCAACCUACAGAAUUCGUGAAGCUGUUCAUAAUGCACUAAUGAUAAUGAAACAUUGCAAGCGUACAUAUCUCACUGUGGAUGAUUUUAACAGUGGACUCAAAGAGAGCAAUACUGAGCCAAUCUAUGGGCAUAGUGGUAUUGAAAAUAUUUCCUUUAAAUCCGUUUCGUACAAAGAUGGUCGAGUGUGUUAUAUAGAUGAGAAAGAAGUCAACUUACGCGAGAUUGCUUUAGAACCUGUGUAUCCAACAGAUCCGGGUGAUGUAACCGUGAAAGCGAGUUGGUUGGUGCUUGAGGGUCAAGUUUGUAGCGCAGGUAAAAGUAAAGAUGAGUGUAAAAGCAAGUUAAUCGAGCCCUUAUCAACAUAUUUGACCAAUAUCACGUCAGCAUUAAUCGACAAAAGUGACAAUCUGCGAACAGUAGCCCGCAAAGAUUUAUUGGAGAAUAAGAAAUUGCAAAUUGUUAUGCCAUAUUUAGUGACAUUCUUUUCCUCACAAAUAAAACAGCACACCGGAAAAGAGACCUUCAGCAUUAUUUCGAGUUAUAUUUUACUUGCGGUAAAGUCUUUGGUGGAUAAUUCAUCUUUACUACUAGCACCGUAUGUCGUUCAGUUAGUGAAAAUCAUGCUAUACAUUGUCAUUGAAGCGCAAAUACCUGUGUCAAAAUGGUGGAUAAAAGAUCAAGCUGCCCAUGUGUUGUCACACCUCUGCAGGAAACAAAAAAGCACGUUAAGUAGUCUUCCCUCACAGCUGUUGAAAGCCUACCAAGAUAAUUUGAAGAAUAACAUACAGCCAUCAUGUUGUUUGUAUGGUGCAGUUGUCGGAACAAAGAUACUUGGUUAUGAAGCUGUGUGUCGUGUUCUUCAUCCACUGCUCAGUGAAAAAGUCAAGACUGUUCAAGAGCUAAUCGAAAAAGCUGAAAGUACAAAUGACAUUUUGGAAGGCAUAACCAUAAGAAGUGCUUUAGCUGAUGCAGCUACUAUGCUACUCUCCAAUCGUUCAUCUGUAUUUUUAAUAAAUUCAAUAAACUAUAGUGAGUUUUACGACGAAAUGUAUGAUCAGUUUGGGGAGGAGAUCAUCUGUCGUUGUACACGUUUCCAGCAUGAAUACAACACGGGCUGCAACAAAACCAACUCGAGUUUAAAAUCACAAAUGCCAUUAAAACGAUCACAAAGUGUUACAAUGGAAUUAAUAAAUAAAGAACUUGAGAAACUCAAACAAGAAUCGCCUAUGGAAACCGCUACCAAAGAAAGUGUGACUACACAGUGUAAUAUCGGAGAAGUGGUUUCCACGUACUCGUGGAAGCGUAGUAAAAUCGACAAGUUUGGCCAUACGUUAUUUUUAAACAAGGGAGACGAAGAGACCGUUCCAACUAAAAAAAGGAAGCUGGACGGAAGACGAAAGUUUGGAGCCAUUAGUAUUUCCUGUCGACACAACUCUUACAGCAGACAGACCAAACGAAAUAUCAUCAAAGAACUAUCCAAUAUAUCCUGCUUUUUGCCAAAUUUAUGAGUUUUUACAACACUACAAUUACAACACUGGAAAUUGAUGUUGUAUUAUGUAACAGCGCUGAGUAUUAUAUUCCUUAAUAUUAAUAUCACACCCCUCUGGCUGAGUUA